AUGGUCAAACUCGGGUUUAAAUUCAACCUCGAUGAUGAGGACCUCGACCCCUUUGAUAUCUAUGAUGCUCCAGAAACCGCCGACCAGGUUUCCAUGUCAGAAAUGUACGAGAAGUGGCGAGCGCUGAUGAAUGAGACCUGGGAGGCGCUUGUGGGUAAUGCCCUUGUAAGGGAGCUUAUACUCGACGAGCUGCCCACAAAAUGGACCUCUACAUAUUAUACCGAUGCCUUUCACCGUUUUCUUAACCAACUCGAGUCGGCGACGAUUCACAUAUCUGGCAUACCAUAUACAGAGUGGCGGAUUAAUAUCACGGAUGAACAUGAAGAGUUUCUCAACUGGUUAGGUGCUGGGUUUUUCCGCCAUAUGGACGGACUCAAACAUUUACAUCUCCGGGCGACAGAUCCGCUCGGCCUCGCCAAUGAAUGUCGGCCUUACAAAGAGCUUCCUUUGAGUCCUGAAAACCUCCCUGCUUUACAACCUCUCACGCUGGAAGAAUGUUUUGUCAGCCCAGAGUUGAUUCCGUUCAUAAAACGCCACGCUCAGGUCCUCAAAUCUCUCCGCCUAAACGAAUGCUUCUGCGGGGAAAACUUAUCUUGGGCAGAGUUCUUCGAUCAAGUACACGAAGCGAUGCCCUCACUUACCGAACUGAUAUAUAGACACAAGGCACCAUUUACAAGAGAAGAAGAAGAAGACAUGUGGUGGGCUGAGGAGCCAGCUCUUCUGCGUGUCCGUCAGAGGCUGGAAGCAGAUCCAACACUGAAUCUGUUUCGGCGGGGAUAUUUAGACGCAGAUACAGGAGUGCUCUUCUUUGAUGAUCUCGGUGACGCUCUGAAGCUGUUUGAUCUAGGUGAUGAUCAGAGGGCAUACGUUCGUCUCAUGGGACUAGUCAAUAGAAACAGAGCAGAGGCAAAGGUUGACUAUAGAUAG